UUUAUUUUUUCACAGAGAAAAGGAUAUUUUUGGCCCGCGAUUGUCGAGUCAUUCGAGCAAAAAUGAGAAAAAGUCGCCUCAUGCCAUGAAUAUGGAAGCAAAGGAGUUUCUGUUUAAGGACGUUUAUCCGACAGAACGAGAGAUUGUUAGACAUGAUAGUAAUUUUAACAAUAAUAAUAUCAAAGAUGUGAAAGUAGUUGAUAGUAAUGAAAACAAAAUUAGUGAAGAUACAAGUACUGAUAACAAACAAGUGAGGUCCGAUGAGGAUUCGAAUGACGUUCAAGAGCGUCAAUUAUCGGAUGGAGCAAUAACAAUUGAACGCCCGUGGUAUUUCGAGGGCGGAACGAGAUAUCCGAAGCCCGCAACUGUCAACAAAAAGUCUAAGAAACGUGUGGCGAAGCUUUUUCCAUCGGAGGACCCCCUCAACGAUCGCAUAACGAACCAGCUGAUGUUCGUGCCUCCCAACUACGAAGAAAUCAAGAAACAGAAGCGAUAUAAGACAAUACUCUUGUAUAAUGGCCUUGGGGCGUGGAAUGUUAAGGAAGGUCGAAAUGUAUUCAUUAAUUCCAAGUGUCCUGUAAAUACGUGCAAAAUCACAGGGGGGCGCGAACACGCAGCCAACGCUGACUUGAUACUGUACAAAGAUUACUUCAUUCCCACGGGCGUCGAGCGUCCCUCGCAUCAGAUCUACAUGUUAUAUUUGUUGGAAUGCCCGUACCACACGCCAAACAUCAAAUUUCCCGAUGCUUUCAAUUGGACAGCGACAUAUCGACGUGAUAGCGACAUCGUUGCUCCUUACGAGAAAUGGGAAUAUUACGAUCCGCGCAUCAAACAAAUCGAGCAGGAUCGAAAUUACGCCCUGAACAAAACGAAAAAAGUCGCGUGGUUUGUCUCGAAUUGCGGCGCACGCAACGGACGACUCCAAUAUGCGCACGAAUUGCAAAAAUAUAUCGAUGUCGAUAUUUAUGGGUUUUGCGGCGAAUACAAAUGUGCUCGCAGCAAUGCCGAAAAGUGCUUCGAAGUACUCGAUCGCGACUACAAAUUCUAUUUGGCUUUCGAGAACUCCAAUUGUCGCGAUUAUAUCACGGAGAAAUUCUUCGUAAACGCUCUCGGGCGAAAUAUUUUGCCGAUUGUGAUGGGAGCUCGUCCCGAAGAUUAUGCUAUGAGUGCGCCGCAAAAGUCCUACAUUCACAUUGAUGAGUUUUCGUCGCCGAAAGAGUUGGCGGAGUAUUUGCAUGUUUUGGAUAAAAAUGACGAACUGUAUAAUUCGUAUUUCAAAUGGAAAGGCACCGGAGAGUUCAUUAAUACGUACUUUUGGUGUCGUGUGUGCUCCAUGUUACAUGACGACGAGUUCAUACGAAAGCCCGGAAGAUGUACUUAUGCUGAUAUCAACGAAUGGUGGCGAGCGCCGGGCGUUUGCACGAACGGAUCAUGGCGAAAAGAGAUGGCUCGGAAGGAAGUCAUGACUGACGACUAGCUAAACUUGUUUUUAGUUGUUGCAAUACUCAAUGCGCCGUUUCUUUUGAGAUUUUCUUGACUUGCAGGUUGAGAAAAUGCUGCGAAACGCCUUUUUUGUAUAGGAAAUUAGCAAAUACGAAAGAAAAUAUCAAAAAAAUAUCUAGUCUAGCACAAACAUUCAUUUAAAUUUAAUCCUUAUAUGUUCCUUAAACAUUAACUUUACUUUACUUUUUAAUGUAAAUGCAAUUAAUUCGCACAAAAUGCACACAACUGAUAUACGAUAUGUACAAAUAAUUUGACUUUUUACGUUAAAAACACACGUAUCGAAUUUCUUUUUUGAAACUGUACG